AUGUGGCAUUCCAAGUCAUCAUUGCCCGGUUAUAGCGCCGUCCGCUACGCCUUCAAGGGCAUUCGCGAUAGCGGCCUCCACGAAUGCGCGAGGCGCAGCAUGAGAAUCGUUCUUGAUACCGCCGGUGAGGGUGAGGCGGACGCGCAAACUCCAGCCACUAGCAACAAUAGCGGUCGUGUCGGCGGCCUGCUGCCUGCUACUAUUGUUCCUUUCACUGCUAUUCAUGACGGCGCUACUGUGCGCGCGAACAGUUCUACAUCAUUUCCUGUCUAUUCGUCCACCGACCGCACCCUUCCAGCCGACACUCCGCCUUCAUCCUCCAAGCGCCGUCUUUUCGGCCAAACCCUGACCAUCUCACUCCAAGCUAACUCAGCUGCGAUCGCAAACAUGUCGCCUGGAUCGGGCGGCGCUGGCACUCCCGCCACUCCUCGCAAAUCAACGUCGUCUCGCCUCGCUGGCUCCACUGCUACCUCCAUGGACACCGAUACAUCCAAGAAGCGCUCGCCUACGAGCAAGAAGACGCCUCGCGCGAAGCCCCGCCAAGCUACCUCUCGCGAUAAGUCUGCGACCGGAUCCUCUCCUGCCAGCUCUGCCAUUAAGAAGCGCGAGCGUUCUCGCCGCAAGCCCGCGCCCAAGCCCGUCACUCCGCCCAAGAAGAAGGUCCGCGUCUUGAAGUACUACAUCUGGGCCCCCAAGAGCCCCAGGGCUAACACCGAGUUACCCGAGCAGCACGAUGGGGCCUUCGGCGCCGUCUUCAACCCAUACGGACUCAAGCAGCCGAAGUUCCGUCUGCCAGAGUACUCUUCUCUCGGCCACAGCACUUCGAAGACAAGCUCCGUGAGCGGUCUGCAGCAAGCCUCUGCUUAUCAAGCCGCACCUUCUGCCAGCCGUCGCCGUUACUCUUCUAGUCCUCUUUUCAUGGAGCGCGAGAAGCCCAUGGUCAUCAAGAAGAGUAAGGCUAAUGGUGGCGUUAAGACCAUCAAGAGCGCCUCCAAGACCAAAGCGAGAGCCGCAAGUGCUUCUCCUCCUAAGACUACCAAGAAGGCGCGCGAUGCUACUACCUAUCCCGCCGCCAACGGUUCCGCCGGAAGCUCCGCCAACAAAGCUAUCCGCAGACACGCCGGUGGUUCCAAGAACACCACCUACAUGGAGAACUUCGCUCGCUCCAGAGCCAGCGCCACUACUCAGGACACUGCUACCGCCGCCAACGGCCACAAGAAGCGCCGCCCUUCCAUCUCCACCAAGCGCGGUCGCUCUGUUUCCGCAUCCAGGGCUUCUGCUCAGGACGACAGCUCUCAGUUCAGGACCAGCGUCCCCUCCACUCCUCCUCCUCGUCGCAAGCAGCGCGCCGCCAUCGCGCCCAUGACGACUUCGGCGGCGACCAUCAAGGCCUACUACAACUCCGCAACGCCGGCCAAGAGGUCCGCCAGCCGUUCUCGUUCUCGUUCCCGUUCCCGUUCCCGUUCUCGUGCGCGUUCUGCUUCGGGUUCGGCCUCCUCGACGGCGGCCAAGACUACUCAGGACGACGACGACGAUGGCGAGGAGGAGGAGCAGCGUCCGAAGAAGAAGCUCAAGAAGGAUACCGACACGCGCACCACGACCAAGGCUAAUAAUAAGCGCAAGGCUGACAGUAGCACCUCUAACGUGCCUCGUCGCAACACUUUCAUGUACAGCAGCACUCCGACCCAGAGUGACGACGGAGCAAAUGGAGCGGAGCCUCCUAAGAAGAAGCUCAAGAAGAAGAUCGACACGCGCACGACCAAGGCUAAGCGCAAAGCUGGCGGCGGCGGCAGCAGCAGCACCUCUAACUUGCCUAACAAGUUCAUGUACAGCAGCACUCCGACGCAGAGUGACGAUGGAGGAAGUGGAGCGAAAGAUUCGGUUGUGGGAGGAGACACGCCGCAGAGCAAGAAGCGCGUCAGGAAGAACGGCGUUGCCGGCGGCGUUAAUGGCCGUAGGGGUGCUGCACGUUCGGCUUCUCCAAAUGCCCGCGGCAAGCUGGGCGAAGAGGACGAGGCCAGCCGCAGUGCUGCUCCUGUCGCCGGUUAUGAUGGUGCCGAUGACGAUAUUGACGAUUGUGAGAAGUGGCUUGACAUCUUGGCCUCCUUGUAG